UCCUGUUUCCCCUUAAGUACAUAAACCAAUGACUCAUAGGCGCAUUUUGACUUUCAGGCAGAGAGAGAGAGAGAGCUCAAAAGUUGUAGCAACGACAAGCCUUCCCCAAGAAACUUUUCCACAUCCUUGUUUUCUUCACUUCACAUUCCCUCCGGCCGCUCUCAGACGGGACCUUUAAACUAUGGGACUAAUGGAUUCUUUCUGGGUCUUCACUUUAUUUGCAGCCUCAGGUUUUUCAGACUUCCUCCAGGCUUCCGUAAAACGAUUCAUAAUUCCGAACCAAUGGGGGCCAAAUAAUCUUUGCCGGUUCUGUGAUAUCGAGCCCACCAAUUGCACCAACAGUGGUGUCUGCACUGUUAACUGCAGCAUUAACUCCAUCUGUGAGAACGAGGAAGAAGUGUGUGUCUCUAUCUGGAGACAGCAAGAUGCUAAUGUAACUAUUGAAACACUGUGCCAUAAUCCAGCCAUUCCUCUGUAUGGACACCUGCUAGACGAUUACAAUAAUACGGAAUGCAAGAUGAAAGAAAAGAAGGUUCCUGGCUCUGUGUUCUACAUCUGCUCAUGUUCAAUUAAAGAAGAAUGCAACAAAAAUCUGAUAUUUACUGAUGAUGUUGGUAUUAUGUUGAGUGACUGGCAGGUGAUAUUGGAGGUUCUCCUUGUCACUCUUCUCCCAUUGCUCGGUCUUGCUGCCGUGGUGAUCCUUGCUUACUAUUGGUACCGGGUCCAGAGGCGGAGGAAGCUGAACAAAGAGUGGGCGAAGGAACAGAAGGUCAGGAAGCCAGGUCGCCGGCGUCGACCUCCCAAUGACCGUAGUGAGGGCAGUGCCAUGCACCUUGACGAUGACCAGUCUGACAUCAGCUCCACCUGCGCCAACAACAUCAACCACAACACCGAGCUGCUGCCCCUGGAGCUUGACGCUGUGGUGGGCAAGGGGCGCUUUGCUGAGGUCUACAAGGCCAAGCUGAGACAGAGCACCUCGGAGCAGUUCGAGACUGUGGCAGCAAAGAUAUUCCACUUUGACGAGUACAUGUCCUGGAAGAAUGAGAAGGAGAUUUUCUCCGAUGUCAACCUGAAACAUGAAAAUGUGCUGCAGUUUCUGACAGCGGAAGAGCGGGAGACUGAAAUGGGCAAGCAGUAUUGGCUGAUCACGGCCUACCACCCCCAAGGCAACCUGCAAGACUACCUUAUGAGGCACGUUGUGAACUGGGAGGACCUGUGCCUACUGGGAGGAUCGCUGGCCAGAGGAAUUGCACACUUACAUAGUGAAUACACGCCUUGUGGCAGGCCAAAGAUGCCCAUUGCUCACAGGGACCUAAAAAGCUCCAACAUUCUGGUGAAAAAUGACCUGACAUGUUGUCUCUGUGACUUUGGAUUAUCCUUGAGGUUGGAAUCAUCUCUCUCUGUUGAUGAUUUAGCCAACAGUGGGCAGGUCGGUACAGCCAGGUAUAUGGCUCCCGAGGUGCUGGAGUCACGAAUUAACUUGGAGGAUAUUGAGGCAUUUAAACAAACUGAUGUUUAUUCAAUGGCACUAGUUCUAUGGGAGAUUACAUCACGAUGUACAGCCAUUGGUGAAGUGAAAGACUAUGAGCCUGCCUUUGGUUCCAAGGUCCGGGAGCAUCCCUGUGUAGAAAGCAUGAAGGAUGUUGUCCUGCGAGAUCGGGGAAGACCUGAGAUCCCGAACAGCUGGCUUAAUCACCAGCUUAUACAGCAUUUAUGUGAAAUAAUUGUGGAAUGCUGGGAUCACGAUCCAGAAGCACGGCUGACAGCACAGUGUGUAGUCGAACGCUUCAAUGAUCUGGAGCAGAUGGACAAGCUAUCUGGUCGGAGCUGCUCCGAGGAGAAAAUUUCAGAAGAUUGCUCUGUCAGUGAGACCAAACAGAACCUGAGUGCAGUCACUGUGGUGUAAAGGAUAGCUGGUGGACAAGAAAAGGACAAAGAGGAAGAGCCUGUGGUCAGGUGGGGGCUGUUUGAUAGAACAUUCACAUCACCCCUUCAAAAGAAACUCUCAUGUUACUUAACAAAGGGUGGACCAUUCGACACGAAAAGUGUGAAAUUCUAGGAAUUGAAAAGAAGGCUGGAGUAUGUUGUUUUGUCAUAGGAUUACAAAACUCUGACCAGCAACUUCUCAGGAAACCAAAGAUUCCAUCAUGUAAUGCUUAUCCUUGCACUUUAUUGGUUUAGAAGUGUAUACCUCGAGGAAUUUUCAAUGUUUCUGUUCCAUAUCCAGAGAAUGGUAGUCACAUGGAUAAAUGUACCUCUUUCAUGACAUUAAAGAAUUGUAUACAGCGACAAGCACUUAGAAAUUCAACAUUUGCCCCUUUUUCUCCCCUCACCCCUCAAGUUUGCUUUUUCAUUAAUUUAUUUACUUGUUUGGUAUACUAUAGGAACAAAUUCACCUUGCAUGCCCUAAAGAACAUUCUUCUGCCAUUGUGAAUUAAGAACAAAACACUGUGGGCUACUCAAGAGUAAAAGCAAAAAUUGGACAGUUCUAGCACUAAGUAGAGAUCAAAGCUGAAGGAGCCUAGUCUAGGUCCAACAUGUCAAAGAUGGAUAUUAAUCCCUGGUGUUUGACUGAAAUGGACACUGCUAGCAAAACAUUACCAGUGCGAAGUUAACCCAAAUUUAUUCAUUUUGAUUAAAAAGUGGGUUCUGUUGAUUUGCUGGCCUGAUAGUGGACUAGGGAUAAUUGAUUUACAGAAAUGACAGGAGAAUUAUCAUUCACAUGAUCAUAGUGAUGACAGAAAUGCAUUUGGGGAACUGUGGUUCUCACAUCUUAACACAUUUAGUCAGUGGAACAACUGAUCUUAAGUCUGAAGCCAUCAUCGGCAGAGCUCAGGAAGGAAAUGAUAGGCUUAAUACUUUGUCUAAAAUACCCAUCAUCAUCAUCAGCCUGCCCAAUAAAAUCAUCAGUGCUCUGACUAGUUUACAUUGAUUCAAUGGAGUAGUGUUGCUUCAGAGGGCAGUUAAGCAUCAGUCUCAUUAGAGUGUAAUUGGAGGUAUGUAUAGGACUAGACCAAAUUGGGAUGUCAGAUCUUCUUCCUUUUUCAGGACAUUUAGGUGCAUAUUUACAACCAUCUGACAGCCUCACCUUUUAGUGCCCAAUUCACCCCAAAUUUAUAGGUGGCUCACAGGUGAAAUAGUAAUUGGGGAGUCAGGGCUACUGCUGGUAGCAUGGAGCUAGAUCAGAGCCUUCUGUGGAUGUGGGAGGGAGGAGUUAGCUUUGGGCUAGUGCAAAUGAAAAGGCUAACAAUUGUGUUAAUAUCAUAUACUCUGAUAUGCACAGGCUUUGUCAUUUAUGUCUGAUCUGGUGAGGACCCUACUGAUUGCCCAGCACAGUAGGCAAUGCAGCAUUUUGGAUGUGGAAUGAGAAUUUCUGAAGAAAGGCCUGAAGGGUGCAAUGGUUCAUCUAAUUUUUUUUCUAAUCUGUACAAAAGUCUGUUUGGCCUGGUCCAUGGUAUGGUAGAAUAUAGUUUGCAUCAUGAUUUGUCAUAUUGAUUGUAAUCUUUUUGAGACUGCAGACUUUUUUUUAGCUAGUAUAAAAAUAACUGUUGCAUGGCCCAAGUCUCACAUUUAGAGCAGUUCUGUCAGACUAAACAAUGGAAUCAACCUGUGAAAGUGUGAGAUGAGCAACCAGAACCAGGAUUGUAAUGUUGGCUCUGAUUUGUCAUUUGUAUGUCGAGGAUGUCUGAUUCUAAUUACUAAAGGGUGUUUGAAAUGAGUAAGCUGCCUCCAUUAAUAAUGCAUGAGUUUCAAGGAAGAAAUAUGAUUUCUCCAAAGAUGGGGUGGUUUUAUUUUUGAAACCAAAUAGCUUCAAUAGUAACUUGGCCUGCCCCACAAAAUAACUAUCCCUUGCAGUUUCUCCUCAAUCAGUAAUUGGCACAUUGUAGACAUUGUUGAGGCACAAAGGAAAACGCUGUAAUACUUUUAACACCAAAUCAACAAUAGGAAUGACAUUCUCAGAUCUUACCACAUGGUGGCAAAUACUACAUUGUAGAUUAGGGUUAGGAAUGAAAUCCAUGCUGAAAAGUUUAAAUUCUGAUGAUGGGGUACAUAGACUAGUCUGAUUAUUCACUCGAAUAUAGAUAAUUCUGUGAAUCAACUUGAGGUGUUUAGAGUCAUUAAAAGAUUUGAGUGGGGAGACAGAGAGAAACUAUUUCCUCUGGCUAGGGGUCUCAAACAAGUGGGCACAAGAUAAAAAUUAGCACUAGCCAUUCAGGAAGCACUUCGUCACACAAAGGGCAGUAGAAAUCCGAAAUUGUCUUUAUUUUUCAAAAGCUAACAAAAUUAAAAUUUACAGCUUCUGAAUGAUAGGAAAACAGAAUGAAGACAGGUAAAUUGAGAUUCAAGCAAACCUAGUAGAAUAAUGUAUCAGGAUUGCAGGGCUGAAAAUACCUACUUCUUUGUUCCAUGGAUCCAAAAGAAUUUGGUGAAACAUGGUUGCCUAACCCAUUGUCCAGAGAAUUGUGCAUCCUAUUAACAUGCAAAUAUUGCUUGGAAGUGAAAUAGUAUACUGAGAGUUCUUCACAGCAGACUGUGAUUAUUUUUUAAAAGAUUGCAAAAUUUAAGCUGCACACACAUAAAACUGACUAUAUAAACUGGCUCCCGUAUAUUGGUUUUGCAGGGCUUGGAGAUUAAUCAAGGUUCAGGACUAUAAGCUGCUUGAAUGUAUUUUUAUGAAAUUGUCAAUAUAUAUAAUCAUUUUUAUAUCUUUUUGUAAAUGCUGGAGUGCUCAACUUAUAUUAAGUGCCUACACUAUUGUUUUAAUACAAAUCGUUGACAUUUAUGCUAAAAUUGUGAGGUGAUAUUUUUCAUAGGAUUAAUGUGUCUGAUGGUUCUUUCAAAAGCUUUUAUUUUGAAAUGAUAAAGGGACUUCCAGGCAAUCUCAGGACAAGUCAUUGGUGACCUGUCACUUGUAGCACGCUCUCCAUUCAUUACCUAACAUAGUGUACAAUUUUUUUAAAGUGUAAAGUUGUCCAAAUAGGUUGCUGUACCAGUUUCCAUUGGUACCAAUAUUGCAUGAAUCUAAUCCUUAACAAUCCAAUCACCUCAUAACGAAUGGGGUAAACAAAUAUGCACAAUCAUUUUAAAUUGUUUUUAUUUCAGAAUGCAUGCAUUGACAAUUACUUUGACCAAGCAACUUCAUUAAUCUAACAGCAUUGGUAUUUUUCCACUUUUGAGCUUUGGUCUUGUGCACAGGCUAGUAUGAAACUCUUUACCAAAUAGCUUGGUCCCAUCAACCUUAGACCAUCCAAAAAAAGGGAAGAGAUAGGCUAAUUCUUAAUUAGGAAUUCUAUUUAGAAUAAAAUCCCAUUUUGUUGCAUUUAUUUACAAAGAAAACCUCACAUGGUGUUUGGAUGUUUUAACACACACAAGCCAUUAUAUAACAAAUUGUUACAAACUCGAUGCCUUGGGACUUCAGACUAUUAAAUAGGAAUGAAUGUAUAUUGGUGCACAGCAGGGAAAUAGAAAAAUUUAUCUGAAUGAUUAACAAAUGUAUUUUACUCUGUUUAAAGCAAUAUCCAAUCUUAUAUGUACGUGUGUAAAUGCACACACAUAUAGAAAUAAUUAUCUUUGCAAUGUAAAGAGAGUAUUGUAUAUAUUAAAAAGAAAUUAUUACACAUUAUUUGCAUCUCAUUGUAUAAAUAAAGAGUUCUAAAUUCCUCUUUUGUGUCAA